AUGAGGCUGCUGCUGCUUCUGGUUGUGCUGGGUUUGGAGCUGACCCUAGUCUGUGUCCAUGCAGAAGCAAAAACUAGUCUCAUUGGAAAGAACUUUAAUCCACAAAAGAUUCAGGGAAAAUGGCAUUCCAUUCUUUUGGCCUCUGACAAAAGAGAAAUGAUAGAGGAACAUGGAAGCAUGAGAGAUUUUGUAGAGUACAUUCGUCUCCUCGAUAACUCUUCCUUAGCUCUUAAAUUACAUACAAUUGUCGACGGAGAGUGCACAGAGCUGUAUUUAGUAUGUGACAAAACAGAAGAAGAUGGUGUAUAUAUCAUAUAUAACGAAUAUAAUAGAUUUACUGUACUUGAUACAGACUAUGCUGAUUAUAUUAUAACUCAUCUCAGGCAUAUCAAGAAUGGGGAAACAUUCCAGUUGAUGAAGCUCUACGGCCGGAAACCAAAGUUGAGUUCAAACAUCAAGAAAAAGUUUGGGGAUCUAUGCCAGAAGCAUGGAAUUGUUAAGGAAAAUAUAUUAGACCUAACUGAGGCUGCAUGUAGUAUCUCUUGCGGAAAUAAAUUGGACCUGGUACCUGAAUGUAUUCUUAUUCAUACCCUGCAGAUCACUGUCUCCAGGCCCAAGUUGGAAGAAUGGCUUGAGCCUCCAGGUGGGUAAUCUCCAGUGAGAAUGAAGAGCGUGUGAGCACAAAUGAGGUUCUCUCAAAAGCAUUAGUA